AGGCUUCUGAUUCAACCAACGUGUUGCUUUGCUAGCGAACAAAAAGUUGAGUCUUUGAAGCUCUUUAGACCAAUCGUGUGUAUAUUACUCUUAGUGUUUUGAAUAUAAUUAUGUUUAUCCAUCUACUAGUUCAUUUUAACGUCAUUUGCUCGUUAAAUUAGCAAAUGUGUUACUAAAUUGAUAUUGCAUUCGGCUAAUCGACCGGAGCAUGAGCUCACAAAGCUCGACCGAGAAAGAAGCUCUGGUGAAAGGAGAGGAAGAAGCUUUCAGGAUGAAAAGGGAGGAAGAGGACGCUAUCACAUUGAAAGAAGAAGAGGAUGAUAUUACAGUGAAAGAGGAAGAUGGGAAAGAUGUUGUCAAAGUUGAAGGGGAGGAGGUAGAAGCUUUCAGAAUAAAAAACGAGGAAGAUGCCAUAACAUUGAAAGAAGAGAAUGUAGUGAAAGAAGAGGAAGAACCUUUUAGAGUAAAAGAGAAAGAGGAGGCUAUCUCAAUAAAAAAGGAGGAAGACGUUUUGGGAGUGAAAGUGGAGGAGGCUGAAGAUCAGAUUACCACCAGAGAGAGACGUGACUAUGGUGGAUCCUCUGGGGAGCAUCAACAACAUCCUGAUGCUGACGAGGCAGAGAAGAGUCUCUCCAGAUCAGAGCACCAGAUGGUACAGGACAACGCUAGCCCUUCCUCCCUCCUGGAGUCCCCGUGUCGUACCUCUCCCAGUAGCGCCUUACUGCUGGGUAUGAAGAGGUUGUCUGUGCUGCUGGUGGACUGCAGGAAAUCAACGGGGCUGAGUGGAACUGUGAGAGGACGACAAGAGAAGAAAGGAUCAGAUUUGACACAUCAAAGAGAAAGACCAGACUCAGAGGAACCAGAGCCAGGGAUGUCCAAACCAGCAAGAAGACACCAGUGCUCUUACUGUGGAAAGGGUUGUAACAGGUUAGGGGCCCUGAAACACCAUGAGCUAGUACCUUCAGGGGAGACGCCUUACCACUGCUCCAACUGUGGCAAGUGUUUUAACCUGUUAGGGACCCUGAAACAACAUGGGCUUGUAGACACAAGGGAGAAGCCUCACCACUGCUCCCACUGUGGCAAGUGUUUUAAGUGUUUAGGGAACCUGAAACGACACGGGCUAGUACACACAGGGGAGAAGCCAUACCACUGCUCCCGGUGUGGAAAGUUUUUCAGUCGGUCAGAAAUGCUGAAAGCCCACAAGCUCGUACAUACAGGGGAGAAGCCUUACCACUGCUCCCAGUGUAGAAAGUGUUUCAGCCAGUCAGGGCAUCUGAAAUACCACGAAAGAAUACACACAGGGGAGAAGCCUUACCACUGCUCCCAGUGUGGAAAGUGUUUCAGCCAGUCAGGGAAUCUGAAAUACCACGAAAGAAUACAUACAGGGGAGAAGCCUUACCACUGCUCCCAGUGUGGCAAGUGUUUUAACAGGUCUGGGAACCUGAAACAACAUGAGAGAAUACACGCACGAAAGAAGCCUUACCACUGCUCCCAGUGUGGCAAGUGUUUUAACCGGUCUGGGAACCUGAAACAACAUGAGAGAAUACACGCACUGAAAAAACAUGAAAGAGAAGCCUUACCACUGCUCCCAGUGUGGAAGGAGUUUUACCAUAAAAACAGCCUGAACCAACAUGAGAAAAUACACAGAUGGAAGAUGCAUUACCACUCCUCCCAGGGUGCAAAGCUUUUGCCCAUUUAG